AAACAUGAAAAAAUUGUGGAAAGACACCUUGAAGUGUGAACUAUUAGAGGUUCAUUGUGAUAAAACAGCCGAAGAAAUGAGGACGCUGCUAAGACAAGUGGGAGAAGAAAAAGAUUGUGACUAUGCGGUUGUGGUGAUAAGUACACAUGGGGGAAUGGUUGCCGUGGAAGAACAUACAAGCGUCAAAACUGACAAACAGGAUCAAAAUGAGACCCCAAAAAGCGAAGAAAGUGUCAACACUGAAAAAAAGAAUAAAAGCAAUCCCAAGAAGUAUGAAGAAGUGUUAUUUGGGAAUGACCGAAGCAAGUUGAAAGCAGAGGAAAUUCAAGAAAUUUUUCGAAACGAAAACACCAAGAACUUGCAAGACAAACCGAAGUUGUUCAUCCUUCAAUACUGCAGAGGAAGCAUUCUGGAUUGUGGUGUUGACAGGGACGAUUUCAGCGAUUAUCCAGACACUGGUGUAUUUUACCAUAUCGAAAAUCAAGAGUAUUUGGGACAAGAUUUACAAGAAACUACCAAAGUAGACACGCUAAUGCCAUCAAUGUGUGAUGUCGUUACUGCAUACCCAACGCACCUAAACCACCAAGCUUUCAAUAGUAAGUCUAGCGGUUCUUGGAUUAUUCGGUAUAUUUCUGAAGUGUUCGGGAAGUACUACAAGACCAAGCAUGUUACUGAUAUGCUUACCAUUGUGAAUAACAAGAUGAAGAAUCAUAGAGGGGUGAACGAACAUGGAAAGAAUUGCAAAGCAAUGAGCAUCUACGAGUCCAGUCUGACCAAAGAUUUUUACUUGGUUUAAUGAAUGAACCAACGCUCCAAGACUGUAAAUUAACAAACUGAAUUUGUAUUUGCAAAACAAUAAAAAUGAUUCGCCCUUAAUUUUGUAUAUAUUACACAUAUAUUCCUAUUCGAUCAAUAUUGUCGGAAAUAGUCAGUAAAGACUCAACGACUUUCGAUGAGCGGUAUAACCAAAUCUUAUCUGUUGUUGAUAAAACUAAUCUAUUG